GCUGCUGCAGCCGUAUUUCCAAUCCAACCGAUGUGCGUGCAGCGUGUGUUUCAUCGAGCCGCGUCCAUUCGUCUGUCGCCAGCAAAACGGGAAAUUGCCGUGCCGUGCCGGAAACUAAAUUUCCGUGUCACUGAAACCCCCAAGAGCAGAAAAGAAGAAACGAAAAGCAUUUAAAGCAUCGGGGGUUAUUACUUUGUGAGAGCUACAAAGCAGAAAGCAGCCUCGCUAGGGUCCGAGAAAUUGUGUUCCGUCCAGUGACGCGCUUCGGAUUGUGGUGUGUGAGUGAUUCAACGCUUCUCGCCCAAAACGCAUCUCAAUUCACUGUACACCGUGGAAAAGUGGUGGCCUUUUUGGUGGCCCAGCAGUGGUGAAGCAGUGGCAUUUUGGGUUGCCCAAAACGAAACUAACCGCCCGGGAAGCGCCCUUGUGCGUACGUGCAUGUGUGUGUGUGCGUGUGUGUGAGUGUGUGCGGAAGUGAUACACUUUCGCGGAAUUCAAGCCCAUAGGAACGACGCCCAACCGUCCGAUCCGCUGAGGGUGCCGCAGAGCGCCGCGUCGUUAUCUGGCAUUCCUCCAGGCAGAAGGUGGCGGUGGCGGCGGCGGCGGUAGUGCGCGCGUACGGCGUGUGCGAGUGAGUGUGUGUUUGGUGUGUGCAACAAGUGGCCGGAAGAGCAGGAGAGCGUGUAUCAAUUGCAGACGGUGUGUGGUGUGUGCAUCGGUGUCUGCUAUUAGUGUGGUUAAUUUUUGCACCCAUUUUCGUGCCAAUAAUUUUCUCGAUACAACCCGGCGGUGGUGUAGAAGCCACGGUGUGCGGUCGAAAAGCAGGCUGCGAAAGAAAGUGCUUAAUUUUCGGGUCUCUUGGUCUCAUCGUCAUCGUCCGUCCGAAAACGUUGCGACCCCGUGUGAUCAAGCGCGGUCGAAAGAAGGAGGAAAAGGAGCGGGCUGGAGAGAAAAGUAAAGAAAGAAAGAAAAAAGUGAAAUCAUCACAUCUUGUGCGGGUGGAUGCGAGAGAGCGUGUGUUUGAGACGCCCAAAGAAGGGAAAACGGUGGGAGCCUCGGUGUAUAAUGUGCAGCAGCAAGGGGCAGUAGUCGCGGCGUUGGAUGAAUUUUCGAGAGCAAAUUCCGUCGUUUCGGCGCUGAUCCAACAGCAGAGAAAAGCAACAAACAAUAAAUAUAUCAAACGCAUGAAAAACGGAGCUCUCCCCACGCCCGCCCCACAAAGUGAAGUGAAAAACGCCAGUGAAGUGGUGGUGCAACAUAGCAGAAGAAGUGCCAGCAGUAACGAAAAAGAAGCAGCAGUAGGAAAACACACCCCCCUCGAUUUCCGUGUGUAACCAAGGAAAAAAAAAGCCGCCUAUUGUGGAAAAAGCAAAGAGUGUGAGCAAGCGAGAGAGAGCGAGAAAGUGCGAACGACAGCACUGUAGAGAGAGAUAGAGCGACAGAGAGGGAGCGAAAAAAAACCGUCAUACCGACUGAGAUCGUAGUGUGUGCGUGCCGUUGGUGUGGCGAGACGCGCGCGGCUUCUUCGUGUGUGUGUGUGUGUGUGUGUGCUUUUUGUUGUUUUUUGUCUGUUGGUUGAAAUCAAAUCAAAAUGGGUUGUGCAGUGAGUAGAGAUAAGGAAGCCAUCGAGCGGUCGAAAAACAUUGACCGUGCCCUACGUGCCGACGGUGAGCGGGCGGCCAGCGAGGUGAAGCUGCUGUUGUUAGGUGCGGGCGAAUCGGGCAAAUCGACGAUCGUAAAACAGAUGAAGAUCAUCCACGAGACGGGCUACUCACAGGAGGAGUGCGAACAGUACCGGCCGGUCGUGUACAGCAACACCAUACAGAGCCUGAUGGCGAUCAUCCGGGCGAUGGGCCAGCUGCGGAUCGACUUUGCCGACCCGAGCAAAACGGACAUUGCGCGCCAGUUCUUCACGUACGCGUCGGCCACCGAGGAGGGCGAGCUGACGCCCGAGCUCGUCUCGCUGAUGAAGAAGCUGUGGACGGACCCGGGCGUGCAGCAGUGCUUUGCGCGCUCGCGCGAGUAUCAGCUCAACGAUUCGGCCGCCUACUAUCUGAACUCGCUCGAUCGCAUCUCGCAGCCGGCGUACAUCCCGACGCAGCAGGACGUGCUGCGGACGCGCGUCAAGACGACCGGCAUCGUCGAGACGCACUUUAGCUUUAAGUCGAUACAUUUCAAAAUGUUUGAUGUCGGCGGUCAGCGAUCGGAGCGAAAGAAGUGGAUACACUGCUUCGAAGGUGUCACGGCCAUCAUCUUCUGUGUCGCACUCUCGGGAUACGAUCUGGUGCUGGCCGAGGACGAGGAAAUGAAUCGCAUGAUCGAAUCGAUGAAGCUGUUCGACUCGAUAUGCAACUCCAAGUGGUUCGUCGAAACGUCCAUCAUCCUGUUCCUCAACAAGAAGGAUCUGUUCGAGGAGAAGAUCGUCCGAUCGCCGCUGACAAUCUGCUUCCCAGAGUAUACCGGUUCCAACACGUACGAGGAAGCGUCCAGCUACAUCCGCAUGAAGUUCGAGAACCUCAACAGACGAAAAGAUCAGAAGGAAAUCUACACCCACCUAACGUGCGCCACCGACACCAGCAAUAUUCAGUUCGUGUUCGAUGCCGUCUCGGAUGUGAUCAUCAAGAAUAAUCUUAAGGACUGUGGGCUGUUCUAAGCAGACGAAGGGGCUGCUUCAUUUGUUUGGUUUGUUUUGCAGCGUAGUACAGUGGCAGUAGUAGUAGUAGCUAGUAGCUAGUAGCUAGUAGUAAUAUGGACUUGCAAUGACCGGCAGCUCCUACGGUACAGAGAAAGAGACGACACAGUGCCCGGACGCGUCCGGACAUUGGCGAAAAGGCCGACGACAAAGCAGACAUUUGUGCGGCGUUUUUCUUUUUUACCUACUUAUAUCGUUAGAGGGAGUGCUAUUAUUAUGUUUAGUUUCACCCUACCACCCGAACCCCCAGAUCGAGUCCCCGUUGCCCCGUUCUUCACUCGUGGUAGUUUCACAUUACAUUACUUUACUAAGCGCAAAAAUACUGUCAAUAGAGCACAAUCUCCUCUCUUUUCUGUUUUGUUCACUUGUGCCGUGUGUAAUUGGUGCUUAUACAGACGGAAUGCAGCAUUAAUUUGACGAUUAGGGGACGCGAUCGACCACACGGGCGCCUUUUUUAGACGAUAAUUUAAUUCAUAUCCAUCAUCCUUUGAUUUGCCCUUUAUUCAUUUCACCGUAUUCGAUAGGAGUGCAGAAUUUUCCUCAAUCAAUACCCUACUUCUUAACUUCAUCCCGUGUGUCUAAGCCUUUUGUAUUUAUAUAAGCCAAACACGCACGUGAACGGUUCUCUGUGUGUGUUUUCCAUAUUGUUUUAAUCCUUCCGUAUAUAAAGAAAAAAGAAAAGAAUAGGUUACUGUAGGCAAAACUAGGUUAAGGACGAUGGAAGACGAAAUGGAAAUGGUGGGACGUUUGUAAUAGAAACGUUCGUUGGGGAAGUACGAUUGUGUUGUUGUGGUACACCAAACGCACUUCAUAAAAACUCUUGCAGGCGUACAUCUUCAUAACACACAAAAAAGGUGACAUUAAUUAACAAUCUUUUUUUUUUUCUUUCACAAUGAAACAGAAAUGAGUCAAUACGACAAGCCCAGAGAGAAUUAGCUACCUUUUUUAACUAUCGAUAGGGUAAUUUUUGUGUAGGUACUCCUCCUUUCUGUUGGAUUUCCAAUUUCGUCCCAAAAUUCAUUUCAAACAGAACAAACACACAUUAAACGAACGUACUUUUAAGUAAGACAACAUCCUACUACUCUUACAGGUUUUUCCACGGGUUAUCAUAGUUGUCGGACACUUCCUUGACUCUUUUCUAUUGGAAGUGAACUUCAUAUGUUGGAAAUUGGGCUCAAUUGGCACGCGUUUUGGACAACCUCCUUGGAAAUUCCUAUUAGAUUUGUCCAGCAAGGGUGCUAUAGAAUCCCAUUCCCAUUACAUUAAGUUCAUUUCCCAUAAGAAAGAGUCAAUAAAGUGUCCCACAGCUAUGAUAACUCACAGAAAACCUUGUAAAUGAACGGGACGGAACAACGUGUGAGAGCGGGUGUGUUUUUGCUGCAUUUUCCCUUUUUUCGGAUAAUUAUUUAAAUUAUUAAGCCAACGCUAUAAAAAUGCCCAUUUCUUUGCCAUUCCAUCAGCGCAAGCUCUCGCGUGUAGGUAGGGGGUGUAAACCCAAUCGCGGGAGUGGUCUUUCGUUUCGUUUCGUUCCUUUAUAAUAAUUUUCACUUAUUUAACAUGGACUUUCUAAAACGAAACAAAAAAAAGUACGUCUCUCUUUCAAAGGGUAUAAGUUUAGCUAAAACUAUCCAUUACUGCUGCUCGUUGCGUAUGUGUGUGUCUGUGUGUUUUAAAGAAAAAUGAAAAGAAUCACACACAUAAGAGCUUCUAAACGAUUCCAAAAUGAUAUACACUCUACUGCACGGUAUUAUCCGCUUUGCUGUAUCCUGCGAAGCGCGCAACAUUGAUUGCCUCUCCUCCGCGUACCUUUUCGAUGCGAGUUGUGAUUCGUUGAUCAUUCUGUGUAUAGUGAAGUGUGUGAAAGAUCGAUCGUGUGUGUGUGUGCUGUUGUUGUUAACCGGCUGCACCACCGAGAAGGGAAGGUUUUGUUAGCAAAUAAGCUGUUAAAUGUAAUGAAAAUGACGAAAGAGAACGUUGUUUCUUGUAUUUUCCAUCAAAAAUGUAUGUUUAUUGCUACAGACAGGGAAAGGAAGGAGUUGUGUUGUUGGGGGUAGUAGAAGGCCGUAGUUAGUUGUUGCAAGCAUGCACACAAAACAAACAAAACAAACGCACAAAUGAAAUGUUUUCACACAGACCCCGACAGACAAACAAACGAAACAAAAACAAAACAUCUCAACCAGAUGAUAGAAGAAUUUAUUCUCCACAAACGAACGUACACAUAUGAAUAUAAAGUAUAUUUUUGUAUAAAAGAAAGUCAUAUUGAUACGACGAAGACGACGACGACAGCAAACGAAAGCGGUUUGAAAAUAUUUUGUUUAAAGCUCGUUUAAAGAGAGGGCAAUUUGUUAGGCGAUCGAAUUGGAAAAUUGAUAAGCUUAUUGGAGCGAUAGCAAGCAAACUGUUGUUGUUAUCUAGCUUCUUUUAUCAACGGGUGUUAUAUAGGCCAAUAAUAGUCUUUACAAAGAGAGCGAGAGAGAAUUAGAAAUGGAAAAGAGAGAGUAAAAAUGGUCAAAUUCUUCCUGUUUUUUAUCCUACAAAUGUUGCCUGAAAAAUAUCCUCCUCCUCCUUCAUGCCAAGCCGUUUUGGUAUUUGUUUAAUACAGAAAAGAAAAGUAAUGCAAACAGCAAAAAAGUAACAAUCAUACAAAUAUCCUCAACUAGCUUUGUGUUACCCUUUUUUCCAGCAAAUUUGCAGAAAUUGUUGCUGGUGCGCGAAUCCAUUUUUAUAUGAGCAUAUAUAUUUAUACAAAAAAAAGCAAAAACAUUAACACACGAACUGGAGAAAAAAAACUAAACGAAAACCACCGCACAAAAUGGGAGAGAGAGAAAAAUAGAACAGUAGAGAAACAAAAUGAGAAGGAAGAAACGAACUGACGGAUAAAAUGGGAAGAAGGGAUUUUAUUGGCUGCUAAACAAAAAGUGCUAAAAUGCGUAAGUGUAUACAUAUUAUACGUUUCUAUGCAUAUAUAUAUUCUAUAUAUAUAUAAAUAUAAAUCAAUGUAUGAAUGUUUGUUAACUGAGAACA